UACAAAGUCAAGGUCACAUCUAGGAUGGUUUCCGGGCUCGUCCUGUUUCGCGAUGUUUUUACUCUUCUAUGGAAAUAAGCUGCAUUUAUUUGAUAAAUUUCAAGACAUUUAUUUGAUGGAUUUUUCAAAACCAGCAUAUUUGAUCCAUAAUGACAAAUAAUCACAAAUCAUCGGGUGAUAACUAUGUGGAUUCAAUGUGUUUAGGAGUUUCUAAAAUUUUGAAUCAGAAUGAUUCCGACGAGAGUCCUUCAAAUGUUGAUGUUUCCAAUCCCUCCGUUUCAAAUGAUAUCGAUGGUGACCCGUAUUUCCAAAUACAUAAGGCAUCUCGCAGUACUAGAUUGCUUGAUAUCAACCCAAAAUGUUUGGUGAAAGAAUCAAAGCAUGAGACUCGUCUCUGUAGUCGUAGACGCGGUUCAGACAUCAGCAAAAAGGCUGUCUUCGUUCAGCCACAUGAUGGAAAGUUGUUCAGGGUUGUCUCGAAACACAGUAUGAAGAAAACAAAACCUCCGGAUAUCAGCAAAGAAGUUGCUCAAUGUCGAGAGUCUCAUAGCGACUACCUUGAUUUUUCGAACAUGAAUCUUCAACAGAUUCCGAACGCAAUUUUUAAAGAUUUGUCUUUUAUAAAAGAUUUAUUUCUGUAUGGUAAUAAAUUAACCACACUGCCAAGCAGUAUCAGUCAUCUGACAAAUCUAAAGAGACUACUGUUGCAACAAAACUGGCUAACAGCAGCUGGUAUGCCAAGUGAAAUAACAAAACUGACUAAUCUGGAACAGUUGGAUCUGCGUUACAAUCGUUUAGAUGGUCCUCUCCCUACUUGUAUCUGUGGUUUAUAUAACUUGGAACAUUUACUUCUCACAUACAAUAAAUUAACGCAUAUUGUAGACGAAAUAAAGUAUUUAAAACGUUUAUCUGUGUUGGUUGUAAGCCGUAAUCUGAUUCGACAAGAUCUACCUAGUUCUAUUGGUGAACUAACAAAAUUGGUAAAAUUGGAUCUAUCCUUUAAUCAUAUCACCUUCUUACCUGACAGUAUCGGACAGUGUACAUCGUUACGCGAUCUAAAUCUUCAACAUAAUCAACUAACAAAACUACCUGAUAGCAUAGGAAAUCUAGUAAACUUAUGUAGAUUAUCUAUCAAAUAUAACCAAUUGGUGGAAAUCCCUGCAAGUUUAGCUAACUGUGUGAAGCUUGAUGAGUUUAAUGUCGAAAACAAUCAAUUGUCUUCACUUCCUCAUAAUUUACUAUCAUCUUUACAUAAUCUACUAAAUAUCACCUUGUCAAGAAAUUAUUUUACAAACUUUCCCUCUGGUGAUCCACAACAAUUCCAGAUGUGUUAUACUAUCAAUAUGGAUCAUAAUGAAAUCACAAACAUUCCAAAAUCUGUAUUUAGUUUGGCUUCAAAUUUGAUCAAAUUAAAUUUACGUGAUAACACACUAGACAGUUUAAUUGGUCCAGACUUGCAUGAAUUGAAAACGUUAGUUGAAUUGGAUUUAGGCUCUAAUCGUUUGACACAAUUACCUGAAGAAAUCAAUAAACUUGUUGCUCUUGAAGUACUACGAUUAAACUACAACCAGUUAACUUCUCUACCUGAUGAGAUUACUCAAUUAUCGAAACUGCGUAUUCUGGAUUUGGAAUCAAAUCUGUUGGAAUCUUUACCAAAUGAUUUAUCAGGUUUAAUAUCUUUACAAGAAUUAAAUGUUCUAUGCAAUCGGUUGAAAACAUUUCCUGCAAGUAUUGGACAACUUACCAAACUGAAAGUGAUCAUGGCUGGUGAAAAUGACAUUACUGAUAUACCUGUUGAAAUAGGUAAUAUACCGACACUUCAUGAUCUACAUUUGAAUAAUAAUCCGAAUUUGAAUAGUUUACCAGCUGAACUUUCACUAUGUAGCAAAUUGAUUAUAUUAAAUUUAGAAAGUUGUCCAUUACGUGCUUUACCUGAACCAAUAGUUAAAGGUGGUUCUGCUAUGAUUAUUUAUUUCCUUCAACAAGUGCUACAGUUACGGCGACAACAAAAUAUCUUAUUAUGCUAACAAUUCCACUGGUGAUGUCAAGUUAUUUUGUACUCAUGCUUUUACUUUGCACUUACACACAUAAGUGCCUUAAUUCUUACCGACUAAUUUAUACUGUGAACACUAUACAAGGAUGCCUACUCAGUCUAUUCUGCUUAGCAAAUUAGUUUAUUAUCCCGAUUUUUUGGAAUACCGCAUAUAUAUAUAUAUAUAUAUAUAUAUAUAUAUAUAUAUAUGACCGUAUUGUUUAUAUGCUGUCUCAGGCUGUUGUGAACCUGUUGAUUUUCAAAGCGUUUUUAAUUUAAAGAAAACUAAUUUGUGUAAAACAAAUAUGGGAAGUAUAUAUACAUAUAUAUAUACAUGAUUUUGUCUUACAAUAACUUAGUUUACGCUUUGUCCUCUCACAUUAUACUGUAUCUUGUAAUUUCUUGAAUUCACAUUUUAUGAACGAGUUAUUGUUUAAUGUAUAUACACACAUAUGUUUAACAAAUUAUUAUUAUUAUUAUUAUUAUAUGGUAAUAUGCAUAUUAAUGUGUCAUAGCUUCUUUAUAGAUUGUUUUACUUCUUCUUUACUUUUUUCUUUUGUACUUGCUAGUUUUGACAAGUGAUAAAAGAGGAAAAAAAAAGAAAAUACUCAUUCUUUUUUUUGUGUGUGUGAUUGUGUUUAUUCAAUGAACUGUUCCAACUUCAUUAAAUAAGUUGUUUGUUUUUUUCUCAAUGAUAUAUUUUUGUUUGCAAACGAAAGUGAAAGUAUCUCAUGCAGUUGUUAUAUAUAUAUAUAUAUAUAUAUAUAUCAACUUUGUUAAUCAUUUAGUAUUUAUAAGGUGAGAUCUGUAUAUAUAUCUAUAAAAAAAUGAUUCACUUUUGCCAUUCUAAUUAAACGGUUCAACUAAUGCGUUAACUUGACUUUUACCAAUAAUUUUCUUUUGUUUUUGUUGUUUUUUUUUGGUGACGAUAUUUCGUCAACACUAGUAUUACCCAUUAUUAUUAUUAUUAUUAUUAUUAUUAUUAUUAUUAUUAUCACGAUGUUUUUCCUUUGCAUACAAACAACUCUAUUUGUUUUGUUUUUUUUUACUUUUUUUUUUCUGUGAAUUCGAUUACUUUCAUUUGUUUGUUGAAUUAGUUUGAUAUAUUUAUAUUAGCUAACAAACUGUUUAUAUAACUAACUGUAACGAUUAUUAGUUCUUCACCUCCAGGAUAUCUCUCCCUAGAGUUUUAACACAGUAUGAAUAUAAUCUAAGAAAAAGUAAAAAUAUUUUGUUUUCACAAUAUUUGUUUUGUUUUUAUACAAUAGGAUAAGACGUCAU